AAUCGUAUCAUUUCCAAAACUCUAAAAGCGAGUCGAACAAAAACAGAAAGGAUAAUUAUUGAUUUUUCUCCUUGAAAUUGAAUUUUUAUGACAAUUAAUCUACUUUAAUUAAAAUAUACUACUUAAACCGAAUAAUUGGCUGUGUCAGAAAGAUAAACUAUAACGGAUAAGCGGUUUGGUUGACCUAAGACCUACUACUGGAACAGACACUCUUUAUUCAUUCGCAGCAGAAUGGACGGAGGAGCGUCAUUGAUGGAACCUGUAGAUCCAGAUGCGUUUGAGUGCAUUGAAACCGGAAGAAUGGACGAAAUCGGGAAAUUUAGUCCCGACCAGUUACGUCCAUUCGUUCCCGUGUUGACAAGAGCUGGACUAUUGCACCAGAGCGAAGCAUUUGCGAAAUCUUCAGAUUUUGUACAACCAAUUUUACUAAAUUUAAUCCAAAACGAAGCUGCCAACAAUAUCGUGAGUUUGCUUCAACUUGAUUAUCAAAAUCUAGAAAUGGACGUCAAAAAGGAACUACAGCUUCGACAAAAGUUGGGGAAUAGGGAACAAGACAGCAUACUCGUGCAAAAUUUAUCUCAGGGCAUUACGUUGGAGUUUGAGAAAGCAGAAGGAACAAGGAAACUUCGCUUGAUUCUGUCUGAAAUAUUAUUUAUUUUAUCUCAGAUGAUCGAACCUCGUCAAGAAUACUAUAUUAAAAUGUCCGACCUGUUUGAUAAUUGGGUUUAUAUGGACGAUAUUUGCGAUGCUCUAUCUAUCGCGAUGGUGGAAAUGCCCAACAUUUUGUCCAUUUGUGAUAUUUGUGAGGCCAUGCUGCACGUCAAAUAUGGCCAAUGGAUUAUAACGAGACUCGUUGCAAACAUGCCAGAUUCAUUCAGCGAAGUUUGCUUCCAUUUAAUUUCAAACGGAGAUAAGUGCGAGGAGGACACAGAAGGUGGACUAAUUCGACUCGAUGCUAUGAAGAUGUUGUGCAAGAUGAAUCCGAAACAAAGUCUGUUAAUAAGAUCUCGUUGUGUUGAAAUGAAUAAGAUGCCAGCUCUAGCUGUUUUUGUCAGUUUAGGUAUUAUUAUUCAUUCUGUUGAAUUUGUUUUAACUCAUGUCACCGGAUGUUUACAAUUGGUUUAUGUAGAAGCUGGCGACACAGAAAAUAACUUGGUACCCUUUCUAUCUGGUAUACUUUUGGGAAACGACCAACCAAUUAGAAAUUGGUUUUCUGUGUACGUUCGAAAUGGACAAAAGAGAAAAUCGGAUGCGCCUAAUUCCCUGAGCAAUAUGCGAGAAUCUAUUUUCACGUACCUGCGGCAAAUUUUAGAAGAAUCCAGAAAGGAAGGGAAUCUGAAUAAUGGGGGUGUUGUCAAAGGAUCCUCAUUGUUAAGACUUUUAUGUGCUCUGAAAGGAAUCGCUGGCUUCAAAUUUCAUGAAGAUGAAAUUUCCCAUCUUGUUAGCUUCAUUACACUACGUGCUCCCAUUACACCUCAAGGCAGCCGAUUUAUAAUUUUAGGACUGUGUACACUAUUAGCUUGCCCUUCAUUGUUGUCAACUCCAGAACAAGAGAGAGUAAUCAUUGAAUGGAUAAGAUCUCUUAUAAAAAUCGAGUAUUCCACUGGGGCGGAUGCUGUUAGCGCUUCCUUUGGCGAAAUUCUUCUACUGAUGGCUAUUCAUUUUCACAGCAACCAAUUAUCAGCAAUUUCAGAUUUAGUUUGCACUACGCUGGGCAUGAAAAUUGCUAUUAGGGUGAACACUAUGGCCAGAAUCAAACAAAUUUUUAUUCAAGAUAUAUUUACUGAGCAGGUUGUCACUGCUCACGCGGUGAGAGUUCCUGUGACACCUUCGUUGAGCGGAGAUCUGUCAGGUUUUCUCCCCGUUCACUGCAUUUAUCAAUUAAUUAAAUCCAGGGCAUUUACCAAACACAAAGUCCCGAUCAAAGAUUGGAUCUAUAGACAAAUUCUUACAACUUGCUUUCCAAUCCAUUCAGUUCUUCCUGCUUUACUGGAAGUGUAUACACAGUCAAUAUUACUCCCAACAAGCAGUACGAUUGGUGGUGCUAAGGUGGAGUUGACAAAUGAACCUUUGAGCGACGAUGAAGUUUUGAGCGCUUUCCAAAGCUUUCAAAAUAAGCGUUUGGCUCCACAACUUUUGAUUCUGUAUUACGUUUUGCUGUACGAAGACAAUCGACUGAAUAAUUGUAGAAACUUGGUCCACAGUUGCAGGAGCAUUAAAUCAUAUUCUGGGAAACUGUUUUCACAAAUUCCCAUAAAGUUUCUACUGCAGGAAGCGCAAAAGAAUCAAAAUCAGUGUGGAGGACUAUUCCCAUCUUUGCUAAAACUUUUAACAACCCAUUUUCCACAAUUAUGUAUCGCCAAUGAAUGGUUGGAAGACAACUUGGCCCUCGCAGAUGACGAACCAGUCUUUUCUGUUACAAAAUGCACUGAUAUUGAUAUAUCUCCUGACAGUUUUGAACAAGCUUUUCUGCGAGUUGCUGACGACCCAGAAGAUUCAAUCCGCCUGUUAGAAAUUUGUAAGCAGCUAACACCUCAUAAGCUGUGGUCAUAUUCGAAAGAUAUUGUUAGUCAAGUUAGAAAAGUGGCCCAGCCAUCAGUAUCAAGAAAAAUACAAGAUUUAUUCCGAGAGGUCUGGUACAAAUUGAACAAUGUGUACCCAAGACAUUUGUGGGAGAUUACGAGCAAUGCCUUAUUGACGGACGGUUCCCUACACUUAACCGCAGACGAAUUAACUGUUGAUCCCCUACAAGUACUACGUUGCGAUACCAGGGUCUUCCGUUGUGCUCCAAUUUUAGACAUUCUCCUUCAUAUCCUGGCGGCUUCAUUAGCUGCGUCUAGAUACUUUCUUUGGAAGCAUCUACAGGAAAACCCUUCUAUGGUUGCCCCCGGACCUAAUCCACAGUCUGACGGCGAACGAGAAGAGCUGAAAGUUGCAUUGGUCGCAGUUCAAGAAAGUGCGGCUGUACAAAUUCUUUUAGAAGCCUGCUUACCUAAUGAAGGGGAUAAAGCUGAGGGAAUUUCGUGUGAUCUAACAUUGAAAGAGAUUCAAAGUUUAAUAUGUUCCUUCCUUCAUCAAAUGUUUAUUGCUGAUCCGACAUUAGCCAAAUUGGUGCAUUUUCAGGGAUAUCCGUUGGAAUUGCUGCCAGUUACUGUUAGAGGUAUCCCUUCCAUGCACAUUUGUUUAGAUUUUAUUCCAGAACUUUUAAGUCAGCCUGAAAUGGAGAAACAGGUGUUUGCUGCACAACUGAUAUCCUACUUAUCCAUGCAGUACGCGUUGCCCAAAUCAUUUAGUAUUGCUAGAAUUGCAGUGACCACUAUGAAUGGCAUGGCAUCAGGUUUGAUGUCGGAGGAAAGAGCAGAAUUUUUUAUCCCUGCACUAUCUGCACUUGAAAGGCUGUGUGUCACUUUCCCUCCUCUAGUGGACGAUAUCGUUGCGCUAUUAAUGCACCUGGGAAAAAUAUGCACUGCCCAAAACGCCGUAGAAAGAAACCGUAUGAGUAGGAUAGUUAGAAACAAACAACUUCUUAAAAAGAUUAACGAGACCUAUUGCCACGUUGUACAGUAUUCAAUGAAGGACAGACAUGUUAUGUAGCUAAAUAACUGAACUCCUUGAUGCGACAAAGAAACAACGCUUAAAGAAUGUAUUUUAAAUGCUGACCGUAAAUAUAUCGUGUUUAUUCAUCAUUAAAAUGUA